AUGUCGCGGCUCCUUUCAAUUAACUGCAAAUGGCAAGAUGGUGAUCCUUGGCUUCAGUAUGGGGAUGAGGGAAGUGGAAAGGAGCAGAUGGAGGUGGAGGUGGAGGUGGAGGUGGAGGAGGAGAAGGAGGGGGCUACAUUCUUGGGUGCGCACGCAUCAUCAUUGAGAGAAAAGGCUUCAGAGGGCGCAUUUAGCGACAUGAGGAGUUUCACUGAAGGAUGA